AUGGGGCGUCGGCGUUGGAGAUUCGCAACGAUUUUUACGCUCCUGCUCACGGUUAGAAGCGGACUAUGCCAAGACGAGAAUGACUUCUACUACAAACCAGAACGAAGCUUUGCCCAAGUUCAGCCUCCUAUAUUUUCAAGCAAUCGGCCAUUUUUUGAGCACGAAAGCUUUAGAAUCGCACCGACGGCUCAACAGAAUAAUUUCAAUGAAGGACACGUACGGUUUCCAACACCGAACUAUAAUCAAAAUCCUUCCCCAUUUCAAUUACCGACUGGACGAAGUCAGUCCGGCACGCAGUAUUACAUAAAUCAACCCGAAUUUCAACCCAAUCAGCGGCAGAGAUUUAGGCCAGCCCUGCCAUAUAACUUUCAAUUAGUACACCCAGCGUCUACCAAAAGACCUGAUACUUCACAAAUUCAUUCUGUGGCCUACCAAAAUGAUCCAUCUAAACCAGAAACGUUCUUAGGACAAAUUACCAUUAAUAAUCCUGACAUAGAAAUCUUACAAAACAACAGGUUUAAAAAUAUUCCAUUUGAUGGCAAUAGCUUAAAGAGUAACGGACAAAGUGGACUUAUUUCACAUGGAGACGAAAUCGAUAAUGACGAUGAUGAUAUUUUUGAUCAUCAUAAGGUAACAACCUAUAACCCCACUAAACUUGGAGGGAGACAAAUGAUAAUCAAACCUAGCACUUCCAGAUUUUCAAAUCUCAACAAACCAGCCGAUCUUAAACCAAAUCUACCAGUUCCUCUGUUAGAUAGAUAUGAGAGUAAUAAGCUUAAAAAUGAAAAACCUGGAGCUACUCAAUAUAGCGGACCUUCGACUGAAUACAAGUCGUUACUGGACAUACAACCUUUAUUAGAAGAUGAUAUCAGUGAUUUAAGCUCGUUUAGAGAAUUGAUGAAAAAUACCGAAGGUUCCUAUGAUGUACAAGUUAUUAAGUCCAAUAACAGUAAAAAUGCUGAUGAUAGUAAGCCGGACGCUACCUCUAUGCAUUCCGAUAAUAUACCUAAAGUUUCUUCUUUAAUGACUGUAACUAUUCCAUCAAAUAAAACGAAAACACAGAGCCACGAACCGUCGUCUACUGAAAGUACAUAUGAUGAUGAUCUAAAAGCUGGCGAUGAAGAAAACAAUGAAGAAUACGAGUAUUAUGAAGACGAAGAAAUUACAGAGACCAACCAUACUUCACCAAAGCCAGCAACUUCUACGUCAGUAGAGUCUAUAACUGAUAUAUAUGAUGAAUAUGAUUCCACUGAAGAGGAAGAGAAGUCAACUGAAGUCAAAGUCAAACCUACUAAAUCAUUCGACAUAGUAGACAUGACUCAAAACAAUACUAUGGUGAAGGAUGACAACUUUAAGCAUUUCACUGACACAACUGCAAUAGAUCAAAUAGACUCAGCCAACGAUACCACAGCUCCCAGCUUAAAACAGUUUUCUAAUGAAGAAUUUUCUUCAAUCGAGUCUCCUUCAAUACUUGGACAAGAGGUAGUUUCUGUAGUUACUACUAAAAGUGUUGUCAAUGGAACCAUUUCAAUACCGGAAGUGACUUACCCACCUACUCCGAAAGGUAAUGAAAUGUCUUCACCCGUUUAUAACAUGAGUGAAGACCCUAACAAUGACACGGCAGUAACAACAGAAAGUUGGAUAGUAGUUGCAUCAGUUCAAACGAGUCGUAGUGUUUCUGGUGCCCGAUUUUUGCCUUUCCCAACUGUAGAACAAGAAGAAAAGAAACAGGUUAUUACGGAUGAUGAAGAAGGAGAAGAUGAGGAUGAUAUAGUGACUGAAAACCCAAGGCAAGAUUACGCAAACAAUUCAUCAUCAACGGAGAACAUCAAUGAUAAAUUAGAUAGUAUUCAAUCUGAACUGUCUAGUGCAGUUUUAUCGGGAAGUCUAGAUAAAGACAAUAAGAAUAUAGAAUUACUUACGGAGUCCACAUCUGAAUCAUCUACCUCCACAACUACGACUACCACGACUCCAUCUUCUGUCAACGUUUUCACAUUGAAAAGUACUCAAUUUACGCCUAUAACGGAAAAAUCCUCCCCGGAGCCUUUACCUGUCUUAAUCAAAAAGUUUACACCCCGUUUAGCUUCAUCCACGACACCAAAGCCGAAGAAAAAGCCUUCCUUCGUUACAAUUAUGGAUGAUCUCUCUGGUCUUCUCCCUCCUGGUUUUAAAUCGAGACACUCAUACAAAGAUAAACGUACAAGCACAACCUCAACAACGACGACUACAACAACACAAAAAUCUACAACAAUAAAAACUUCACCAUCUACCGAAAGCAUUAUUAUAAAUGGCACCCAAGGGCGGUCUUCUGGUAUAAGUUCUAAAAAUAAAGUAAUAAUUUUAGAUGAUAAAUCAUUACUUCCUAAAGAAUAUAAACCCAAGGAAAGAACGCAUGAAGAUUUAUUUAAAAAAAUACAAAAGGAUGACCUAAGCAAUUUAUUGCCGCCUGGAUACAAACCUCCUGAAACUGAUAGUAAAGAUACCGUACCACAGGACCUUAUAGAAAAAGUGGAAAAGAUAGACAUUACCGCAUUUUUACCAAAGGGCUUCAAGCCCAACGCAACACAAACAGUAUCCACUGAAAAACCAAAAACUACAGUUAAUAUUCCAAUUAAAGCCGCCCCGGUCGAUAUAGCUGCAUUUUUACCUCCUGGUUUCAAACUUAAUACUAGUGAAGCUGAGGAAAAACCUUUAAGUAAAAUUAAAAUUGCUCAUAUUUCUAAUUUACUACCACCCGGAUAUAAUGUGAACAAUUCAGAAGAAUCUUCAGAACCGACGACAACACAGUCAUCAGGAAGUUUCAAACUUGUCUUUCCGUCGAGACCAGGUGGUAAUUCAAGAAAAACUACCACCCAAAAAACUAGCAGAGGGCCUCCACCAGUCACGCCGAAAAUUCAAAAGGGUUGGCCAACAAGGGCAUCUACGGAAUUCACUGGAUGGCCAUCUCCAUCUACAACGCCAUUUUCUAUUGAACGUUUACUCGAGAUGCAAAAAAACGCUACAUCUACUACGCCUUUACCAGAAAUUAGUACUGAGACAACGACUAGACGUUUCAUUUCUACGACUACGACUACACAAGCUCCGCCUACACCAACUACUCCCGGUGUUUGUCGCCAAGAGUGUGAUAUAGCAGCCACCAUCAAAAUUGUAGCAGGUGCCAAAUGGAUUCCUGAAUUAUUAGAUCAACAUACGAAAGAAUGGCAGAGACUGGCGAAAGAGGUUAAAGAUGAGCUCAAUUCCGUCUAUUCGAAAUCCGAUUUGUUAAGCAAAUGGUACAAGGGGAUCCGCAUAGACGGUUUCAGUCAAGGCUCCGUCCUCGUCGACUACUUUAUCGAAUUGAAUAACAUUGAAGAGAAAGUUGACACAGUGCAACUUAAGAGAAUCUUCCACAAAUCGCUGCAUGAAGCAAAAACUGGCUCAGUCAUGGAAGCCGAAGUGCCAGAACCAGAGUUUGAUCCGGAUUCAAUGCAAGGAGAUCAACCUGAUGAAGAUAGAUUGGGGAAGAGUGAUAAAAAGAUGACGAAGACGAUUGAUAAAUCAGCUGGUAAACUGGAAAUUGGGAAGUUUGUUAUGGAUCCGGCGUACACAGAAUUUAUCGUGUUGCCUAAGAGGGGUGAACCAACGAUAGUAGCACCAGAUGAAGAGUCUCUUCUUCCACAAUGGGGAAUAGCGGUUAUCGUAAUAGCCAUGGCAUCCCUUCUCUUCGUGGUCAUAUUCGGCGUUACAGUACUUGUAAACCGUCAGAAGAGUACAAAAACGAAACAGCCGAUACCACUUAGUGAAGAUAUGUUACGUGAGCUUGAUAAAAGUCAUAUGGGUGGUUUCGACGACUUGCACCAAAUGAAGGAGAGAGAUCUUCCAUACUUACCGUCAGGAAAGCGCAUGUCGACUGCAUUCAUAGAACAGCUGGCGUACCCAAAUCCGGGCGACUCCUGGCGAUCUGAAUGGACGCCGCAAGUUCAAAAGUACAUGCAGCAUUACACCGCUGAUUCUGGCAGAGGCUCUCAAAUAUAUGGAGCUGCAGGAAAUGGAUAUGGGUAUGGUGGAUCACAGCUAUACGGUCAAACUGGUGGUGGAUCCCAAGUCUACGGAUACACUGGCGAAUAUCCAACCAGGUCUCACUAUUCGAGACGUCGCUCCGAAUACGACAGUAACUUCUAG